AUGUCAUCUAGCGUUACCAGUGCCAUAUCUAAUCUUCUGAAAGUUAAGCAAGUAAAGUCAUGGAGUCGAGAGAAUUUUAAAAAGUUUAUGCAAGAGAACAGAGCUAGUUUAGAUCUUGAAGACGGAGAUAUUGAUAACAUAUAUAAUCAGAGGAUUGAUAGUGCGACUUUUCUUGAGUUAACUCAAGAAGAUCUUACGGGGAUGAGAACUCUUCUUGAAUCAGCAAAAAAAAUCGUUAAAUUGAUCAAAGAAAUUCAAGGAGCAGGCACUUCAAAAUCACCUACCAGUCUUGUGUCCGUUUUUGUGAACAACUCAAACUUAUUUAUCGAAGAAAAGUUUACUGUAAGUCAAUUAGAAUCUGCAGGCACCUUUGAUCAACAAAGAAAUUCUCACUACCUCAACCAGCUCCAUAUCAACCAUGGUCGUCUUCUAUCAGCGGAUCAGAAUGUAAGUCAAGGUUAUGAUGUAGUCAUGUUUGAUCAAAAUAUAGAAAAUAAAGAAAAGAAAGUUGAUAUGGAACUAGGUGCUUCUGCAAUGGAUGUUAUCUGGACUAGGGAUCCUGGUAUAUUUGUUUUAGUUUCUGAAGAUGGAGUAUCUGGUGAUCUCACAGAAUGUUUCUCCUCGUUCUAUCCUUUGGAUAAUUACUAUAAAUACUUUACAUAUGCAUAUAGACAAGACCCCGUUGGGAAAAAUCAUAUCCUUGAAAUAACAGAUGGUGAAAUGGUUGGAAAUUGGAAGGGUGAAGAAGUAAAAAAUUGGAUGGAGUCUAAACAUUCUGAUAUAAAGGUUUGGGAAAUGCCAGAAAUAAAAAGAAGAAGUUGGGUAGUUGGAUAG